AAAGAAAAAACAAUGCCAUUUUUUAACAAAAUAAAUUUAAUAUACAACAAGUCUAUUAUAAGUUUUUAUUUUUUUAAAACUUAUUCUACAAUAUUCAUUAAUAAUUAUACAACAAGGCGGAGCUUUAGCAUGCUGAUUUAUAUCUUUAGCUUGCUGAUUUAUAGCUUUAGCAUGCUGGAACGGAGUCCGGCUAUAGAAAAAAUUUCUUUUUUUUAUAAAGCAUACUUCGUAAGGCGAAGCCGAAAAAUAUGCGCAACAAGCAGCACCUCCUCGAUAAAAAUAUGCGCACCAAGCUGCAGCUGCAGCAGCUGCAGCUCCUCGAGAAAGAGCUUUAGUUUGCGUGGAUAUUCCCCCAGGGAGUCGUUGCGCAAGCUAAAGCUAGAAAAAAAUGUAUUUUUUUCUAGCUUGCGCAGUCCGAACGAAGUUAGCUGCCCUCUUGAAAACGACAAAAAUAAGCCUAUAGGUCCUUGAUUUAUUACAGGAAUUAUUGAUGCUGAAGGUUCUUUUAUGGUACAUUUAGAAAAAACCCAAUUAAGAGUAAGACCUGGAUUUAAAAUUAAACUCGAUAUAAGAGAUUUAUCAUUAUUAAAAGAAAUUAAAGCAUAUUUUAAUAAUAUAGGUUCAAUUAAGAUUUAUAAUAAGGAAUGUGUUUAUAAAGUAAGAUCUUUAAAAGAAGUAGCUAUAAUAAUAUCACACUUCGAUAAAUAUAAUUUAAUGUCACAAAAAAGAGCUGAUUUUGAUUUAUUCAAACUAAUUGUUAAUAAAUUAAAUAACCAAGAGCAUUUAACUUCUGAAGGUUUACAAGGAAUUGUGGAUAUAGGUGUUUCAUUGAAUUUAUCUUCAUCUUCAUUAGUUAAAGAUAAUUUUCCUAACACUAUACCGGUUGCGAGACCUUUAGUUAAAGAUAUAGUGAUACCUGACCCUGAAUGAAUAGCUGGAUUUGUAUCUGGAAGAGGAUCUUUUUCAAUAUAUGCUUCACAGUCAGUAGAUAAACGAGUGUCAUUAAGUUUUAGAGUAUUUCAGUACGAGCUUGGGGGGGCUAAAGAUGAUGAACUGUUUAAAUUUUUGGGUUAUUUUUUUAAUUGUGGUAAUUUGAAUUAUCAUGAAGAUAAAAAAGCUGUAAUUUUUGUUAUUAGAAAAUUUGAAGAUAUAAAUCAUAAGAUUAUUCCUUUUUUUGAUAAAUAUAAGAUUAAAGGUGUUAAAUACAAAGAUUUUAAAGACUGAUCUGAAGCAGCAAAAAUAAUAGAGUCCAAAAAUCACUUAACACAGGAAGGACAUAAUGAAAUACGUAGAAUAAGAAAGAAUAUGAACUCAUAUAGACUUUAA